AUGCCGGAGUCCCAACUCAAACGCCUAAAGGCAUCGCUCCGAACUGCGGGCAUAACCGGCCAGCAGAAAUCAAAGAAAGCAGCCAAGAAACAGAGGAAAUCGACUAUUAAACACGACUCUAGACUUGAUCGACAUGCUACGUUACAGACAAUUCGAGAGGAGUUCAAUCCUUUCGAAAUUAAGACGACCCGGGAGAAACAUGCGGUGAUUGGGAGGGGCAAAGCUAAGGGCGCGCAAGGGCGACCAAGUUUGAGCAAGCAGAUUGGAGAGGAAAAUAGAAAACGGACAUUGUUGGUCGAAAUGCAGAAGAGGAAUAAAGCCGGUGGGAUUUUGGAUAGACGCUUCGGGGAGAACGACCCUACAAUAACACCGGAAGAGAAAAUGCUCCAGCGAUUCACCAAAGAAAAGCAGAAACGAGUCCGCGGCGGCGAUAUAUUCAACCUUGACGAUGACGACGAGCUGACUCAUUUCGGCCAAUCCCUCGGCGGUCUUACAGAUGAUUUUGACGCUCAGAACGACUUGAUGCUCUCGGAUGAUGAGCCCACCCGAAAACGACCGUUAGAUACGGAAGGUUUAGGGGAUGAGGAUGCCUCGCCCGGGCGCAAAAAGAGUAAAACUGAGGUCAUGAAAGAAGUGAUUGCAAAAUCAAAACUUCACAAAUAUGAGCGUCAAAAAGCAAAAGAGGACGACGAGGAGGAACGUGAGAAAUUGGAUGCGCAGAUGAAUGACAUCUGGGCACUUUUGGGGGCUAAAAAACCGUCUGCUACUGGUCCGGCUACAGGGGCUAAUAAUGAGCCUGGGAGAGAAUAUGAUUAUGAUGUGGCUGUCCGGGAAAUGGCCUUCGACAAGCGCUCGAAGCCAAGCGAGAGAACUAAAACUGAGGAGGAAAAACUACAGGAGGAGAGCGAGAGAUUGAGGAAGCUCGAGGAGGUCCGCCAAAAGAGGAUGAGAGGAGAAGAAGACAGUGGGGAUGAGAAAGAAGCCCUGGGUGGGGAUGAUGUAGAUUUGGGGGAUGCGGCCGAAUACGGGCUAGGAGCUGGUGUCCCUAUGGCGCCCGUUGGGGGAAACUUCAAUCCCGAUGAAUUGGUCGACGGCGAUUAUGAAGCUUCGGAAGAUGGGUAUAUUGAUGUUGACGAAAACGGAGAAGCUAAUGCCUCUGAUACAGAGCAGUUAGACGACUAUAACUCUGAUUAUAGUGGUGUAGGUGGUUCUGAUGAUGAACCCGAGGAGGGUGAAGAUGAUGAUUUCCUUGAAACCCUCGGGAGCCAAUCGGGAAGACUUGCAUUUACCUUCCCCUGCCCGCAAACGCAUGGGGAGUUUCUAGAGAUUGUCGGGGAUAUCCCAAUAGAUGAUCUUCCAACUGUUGUUCAGAGAAUCAGAGUCCUAUACCAUCCCAAACUUGAUGCUGAGAACAAGCACAAGCUUGCUCGGUUCUCUGAAAUUCUCCUUCAACACAUACUCCUAGUUGCUAAUAAAGCUCCAUCCGCACCGCCCUUCAAGCCCUUAGAAACUCUAAUCCGCCAUCUCCAUGCUCUAGCAAAAUCCUAUCCAGAUACUGUGUCACGAGCCUUCCGCGAACACCUAAAUAUCAUACAUGAACAGCGCUCUACGGGAGACUUGAAAGCCGGGGACUUGAUCCUCUUCACCGCGAUUAGCACAAUAUUUCCUACAAGUGACCACUUUCACCAAGUCGUCACUCCAGCAAUGAUUGUAAUCUGCCAAUGGCUCGGGCAAGUAUCCCCCAACUCACUGUCAAGACUGGGAGUGGGGACAUAUCUGGUAACGAUGUGCGUCCAAUACCAACGUCUAUCGAAACGAUAUGUCCCCGAGGCUACCCAUUUCGUCCUCCGCGCACUUUCACUCCUCGCGCCCGUGAGGCAGGAGAAGCUAUCAGGCACUUUUCCGUAUGAGGAGCCGGAAGUGUCACUACGGAUACAAAAGCCCCCGCCGAGGGAAACCGUGGAAGCACGCAAAAUGAAUUUCGCAGACAUCUUCGGUGCGGAGGAGAGCGGAGCGGAUAGGCGCGAUAUUCAACUAUCGCUUUUGGCAACGUUGGCAAGUUUACUAGAAAGCAUGGCAGGCCUUUGGGUGGGUAAAACUGCCUUCACAAUGAUUUUCGAGCCAGCCUUGGAAAUCAUAGAACACCUCCUGCAUAAGAGCAAUAAAUCCGCCAUCGGAGGUACUUAUCGAGAAAAGCUCCUCGCGACCAAAUCCUAUCUAGAAAGCAGGAUCCUCCGCGCCCGCAAGAGCCUCCGGCCCCUAACGCUCCACUACCACCGCCCCCUCCCGAUCAAAACCUACAUACCGAAAUUCGAAGAGGCAUACUCCCUCGACAAGCGCUCAUACGACCCCAAUGCGGAUCGCGUUGCUCUGUCAAAGUUAAAGGCGGAGCAUAAGCGUGAGAAGAAGGGCGCCUUGAGAGAGUUGAGGAAGGACUCAAGGUUUAUUGCUAGGGAGAAGUUGAAGGAGGAUAAGAAGACGAGUAAGGAGUAUCAUGAGAAGAUGAGGAAGCUCACGGCCAUGAUUCAGACGGAGGAAGGGGCGGCGGGGAAUGAAUAUAAGAAGGCGAAGGGGAGGAAGUGAGUGUAUAGUAUGGCAGCGUGAGUUGAAGGAAAAAUGGAAGGAGGAAGGGAAAGGUUGUAUAUAGUGUGUCGCGGAUUCUUGGUUAAUAGUAUCCGGGUGGUUUAGUUGGUUGAA